AUGGGGCCAGGGAAUCAAAACUUGGAGGGUAUAGCCCUUAAACUUACGAGGGUAGAUGUGAAAAUAAAGAAUAUACGAACGUUUGGAGAGGCGCGGUUCAUGAAAGUGAAAUACUAUAUCCACAGUGAUCGCACCCACUUCGAUCUGAAUGUUCGACUGAUUCGAGAACUUAACAGUAAUCAUUUGAUCAUGAAUGUCAAAGUGCGAGUAAAGCCGGAGAACAGCAAAGAGUAUGUGCGAUUUUUCGAUAUUAGGCGGAUCAACUUUUGUGAUUUCCUCACCGAAUACAACACCAAUCCGGUCUUAAAAUUUAUGUUUAAGAAGACCAUCAAUAUUAGCGAUGUGAUUCUCUGUCCUGUUCGUGUUGGCAAUUAUUCCAUGCUAAACACCGAUAUGGAAAGUAACAUGUCUCCUGGUGGCAUCCAGAACGGCACCUACAAGUUCUUUGCCGAAAUAGUUGAGGAAAGUGGAGAAAUAGCCAAGCUUUUUGCGCUACAGGUUACAUCAGAAAUGUUUGUUGUAGAAGUUGAAAGUAACAACAAUGAAGUUUAAUAAAAAACCUACUUGUAUU